UGUUUUCUAUUUGAAAUCGAUAGCUUUUGGCGGUGAAAUGGGAAAAUGAAGCCGCGGAGUCUCGUCUCACAAUCCCCGACGAGCCCGAAGCUAACCACCGGCUGCGAAACCCUCGACUCAUGUCUCCGCGGCGGAUUCCCCUGCGGUUCCCUAACAGAAAUCGCCGCGGAGAGCGGCUGCGGAAAAACACAGCUCUGCCUUCAGCUCUCCCUCCGCGCCCAGCUCCCGGUCUCAAUCGGCGGACUCGACGGCUCAUCUCUCUACCUCCACUCCGAGUUUCCCUUCCCUUUCCGCCGUCUCCACCAGCUCUCUCUCUUUCACCUAUCGAACCCUGGCAUCUACGCGGAUCACAGCGAUAACCCUUGCGAUCACGUCUUCGUGCAAAGCGUCCACUCCGUAGACCACCUGUUCGACGUAAUGCCUAGGAUAAACGCUUUUGCUGAGAACUCGAAAACGAGGCUUCCUCUGAAGCUGAUCGUGCUUGAUUCCGUAGCGGCGUUGUUCAGAUCGGAGUUUGAUAACACGCCGUCUGAUCUCAGGAAGAGAGCUUCUUGCUUUUUCAAGAUGUCAGGGAAGCUGAAGCAGCUGGCGAGUAGGUUUGGUUUGGCUGUUGUGGUUACGAAUCAGGUGACUGAUUUCGUUGAGUCUUCUUCCGAUGGGUUGAGUGGGCUGAGAGUUGGGAAUUUGAGGUGUUUGUAUUCGUCUGGGAGACGGGUUGUUCCUGCUUUGGGAUUGGCUUGGGCUAACUGUGUGAACUCUAGAGUUUUCAUCUCGAGAAGUGGUGUAUGCGAAGAGAGAAGGGGGGAUGGUGAGAGCGGUUCGAGUUUGGUGUCUGGAAGAGCUCGGAGACGGUUUGAUAUUGUUUUUUCACCUUAUUUGCCUGCUUCUUCUUGCGAGUUCGUGAUCACAGGGGAGGGGAUUUGUGGAGUUAGGUGAUACAUGGGUGCUAUGCGGGGUAGUUUUUAGUCGGAGCAUCAUGGGUUUUUGGAGUUUUGAGUGAUGUUUAUGUAGAUUUCUUUUUCUGAGGGAGAUGGGUUGCAAAAAGUCAGGUUCUUUCAUAUUUCUACUCUUGUGUAUAUGUGAUAUUUAAAAAUCUCAUUUUUUGCUUGUCUU